GGAAUCGAAAUUGUAUUUAGGAAAAAGUGCUUACAGCAGCAAAAGCCAAGAAAACGACGGACGGUUCAUCAAUCAAAAGCACAUUAAUUACGUUCCCGCACCGUACGCGGACCGCGCUCCAUCGGCCCGCCCGUAAGAUGCCGUGCCGCGUGAAUGUGAAGCCUGCACCGAUUCCAGUCGCCGUCGCGGUCGUCGCUUUUGGUUCACUCUGCCACUGCCCGUGCUGCAGCUGUCACUGAAGUGCCCCCGAGACACCCUCUCCAAAUCCCUUCGCUCCCCACUCACCCCCUCCCCUCGUUCCCACGCAGCGCACCACCCUUCCUCGCACCGAUAUUAAGUAAUCAAAUAACAUUUGACGUAUCCAGCAAAAAAAAAAAAAGUAUGUGCCGAUGGGAAGAAAAUGUAUUUUACUCCGCAAACCCAUUUGUUUAUGAUCGAGCUGCGAUGGUGAAAUAGUAAGGUGUGCUCGCCCGGUUGUGCAUCGUGUUCGUGCCCGGUAGUGCGUGUGUACACGUCCCGCCCGCCCGACGACGACGACGAAUUCUUCCGAUAGCAAGGUGGCUCGCGGCUCGAAAGAUGGCUGUGCAAUUAGACACCAGCGGAAAAGAUGAUUUGAAAACGCAGUUCGCAACGCGCGAGGGAGAGUACAGACUAAUGACGCUCUCGGAGUACUCGCGGCCCAACCGUGUCGGAUAUCAGAACAAUCAGAGCAGUCCCCAGGUGCGCGUGUCGAUCGUGUCGUUGCCAUCGCCGCCACCGCCGCAGCCGCCCCCAGCCAUCGGUGGUGGUGGUGGUGUGGUCGGUGGUCAGCUGGCCGGGGCGGCGGCAACCGCGAACAGCAAUAAUAUCGCCCUCCCGAAGCAGCAAUCCUUUACGAACGGCCUGGAACAUCAGACGGCGCCCGGAUUCAGCACACCGGUCGGGGGCGAUCGGAUAUGUUUCAAUUACGGCAAGGAGCUGUACGUUUACUCAUACCGAGGAGCUAAGAAGGCAACGGACCUCAACAAGCCUAUAGAUAAGAAGCUCUACAAAGGAACCUCGCCCAGCUGCCAUGACUUCAACGCAACGGCGGCAACGUGCGAGGGAGCCCCGCUGCUGGUGGGCUUCAGCACCGGGCAAAUUCAGCUGGUCCAUCCGGGCCGCCGGGAACAGGGCAAACUAUUCAACGAAGAGAGGAAUAUCGACAAAACUAAAGUUACCUGCUUAAAGUGGAUACCGGGAUCUCAGAAUCAGUUUUUGGUUUCGCACGCAAGUGGCUGUAUAUAUCUGUAUAACGACGAGCUGCCCUGCACGCCGGCCACCCCGAGCUACCAGCCGUGCAAAGCCGGCGACGGGUUCGUCGUGCUGGCGAGCAAAUCGAAGGCAACGAAAAACCCGCUGCACAAGUGGUGCUUCGGCCAGCACGAGAACGCGAGCGUCAACGAGUUUUGCUUCUCGCCGUGCGGCCAGCAUCUGGCCGUGGUGUCGCAGGACGGCUUUCUGCGCAUCUUCCACUACGAGCACAUGGAGCUGGUCGGCAUCGCGCGCUCGUACUUUGGCGGGUUUCUGUGCGUGUGCUGGAGCCCGGACGGCAAGUACGUGGUGGUGGGCGGCGAGGACGACCUGGUGACGGUGUUUUCGCUCCACGAGCAGCGUGUGGUGGCGCGCGGCCAGGGCCACCGGUCCUGGGUGUCCGUGGUCGCAUUCGACCCGUACACCACCUCGUACAGUGCGCUCGAGGAGGAGGAGGAGGAUCUGUCGGACGAGGAGGUGGUGUCGCACGGCGAGCAGCAGCGUAACCAUCAUCACCAUCACGGUGCUGCCGGCGGUUACUGUCUGCCGGACGGUGGUGGGAAGCAGUCCGGCGGACCACCACCAGCGGCGACGGCGGCGGCGGGCUGCGAUAAGCUGUCGCAGGCGCAGAACAGGCUUGCCACGUGCUACCGGCUGGGCUCGGUUAGCCAGGAUACUCAGAUAUGUCUGUGGGACAUAACGGAGGACGUGCUGAGGCAAUCGUUCGGACGCGUCGUCAAAUCGGCCAACCAUACGGGCAAAAAAGAAGUGAUGGUGAACGGACUAUCCAAUGGGGAUAGCGAGAGCGGCGGGGGCUGCAAGCUGGACAAGUGUGGCCCACCCAAAGGCAGCAGCAAACCGUCGGACGAUGUAGUUGAUAAUGCUAGCUUUAAACAACAGAUAAUCCCCCCUACAUUAGGCGCAAUUGGUAAUAAUAGUUUGUAUGGCGGCAGCAUCAAACCCACUAGCAGUAGUAGCACUUACGCUAAUAUGAAUUGUGAUGAUAAAGCUAAUAGCGACAGUAGUAUCAGUGAUAAGGAAUCGGUCGAUAGUAAAACUGUUAAGCGGUCGGCGGCGAACAGCAAUGCGGGCGAGCCCGAUGCGGCCGCCCCGACCGCCGGCGGCAAAUCGUCCUCCGGCGGCAAAAAGUCCAAGGGCGGAGGAAGCGGCGACGGUGCUGGUGGCGGUGGUGGCAGUGGAACCGGCACGCAACACCAUUCCAGCAGCACGUUCAACUCAAUAACGCAACGCUUGACGAGUCUAAGCUUCGGAAGCGGAGGCAGUGGUACGAGCAGUACCAGCAGCGGAAGCAGCUGUGAUAAGAACGACAAGUCCGGCGGCAGCAAAUCGACCAUCGGUGGCGGCGGAGGCGCCAGCAAGCGCAGCAUCAUUGCGCUCGGUGGCAAAAGUUUUAGCAGCAGCAAUAGCAACAGCAAUAGCAACAGUCUUAACAACAAUCAUCAUGCGCUGCAUGGCGGCAGCAUCCUAAGCAGCAGCAGCAGCGGCGGCCAGCAGCCGGCCGUGUCCGGUUCGCCAUCGGGCGGCAUGUCCAGCACGUUCACCUCCAUCAUGACGUCGUCGCUGACGAAGGGCAAGGGCUCGGGCGGCGGGGCGAUCGGUGCCGGCGGCUUUGCACCGUGCGGCCGGAUCGUGUCGUCGUACGAUCCGAUGAAGCUGAUCGGUACGCCCGCCUGCCCGCGCUUCGACGACUGUCCAGUAUUAGAGCCGCUGAUAUGUAAAAAGAUCGCGCACGAGCGGCUGACGGCGCUCAUCUUCCGCGAGGACUGCUUUCUGACCGCGUGCCAGGACGGGUUCGUGUACACGUGGGCACGGCCGGGCUUUGUUAAUAUUCCACAGCAUUUAUCUUCAACGCCGUCGGCACCGCCUGGGGGAACGGUAGUGUAAAUAUUUUAAGUUUAACUAUUGAAUGUUCACAACCACCAUACCCUCCCAUACCUUACUCUCCCACUUCACCAACCUUCCCACGACACACCCCGUUCUUGGGUCCUCUGACUUUCCUAGCCAUCCAACAGUAUAGGAGGACGACGCACCUUAUCCUAUUACAUGUUCUUUAUGUUGCGGAAUAAAAAACGAGACGACACACAUUUUAAUAUCCGUACGAGUAAAAGUAAAGAAUAAGUACGUAACCCUAUCAAAAAUCAAA